AUGAAAUUCUUUUUAUUAAAUUUAAUAGUUUGUGAUAAUGAAACAGUGUUAAUAAAUGAAUUAUUUAAUAAGGUUCAAAGAUAUUUUAAUAUUCAUGAUUAUAAAAUAAAAGAAGUUAUUAAUUCUAACGAUUCAGAUAUUAAAUUAGUAAAAAUUAAAUUUAACAGCAAGGAGAUAAAAAAAUUUUUAAUUAAAGACAAAUAUGUUUUUACAUACAUGUGUGAAAUCAUGUUGUAUAUAAAAUUAUUGGAUCUGAUGAUGAGGCGUUAA